AUGUCGGGGUCUGCUUGGGGUAUCGCCGGGACAUCAGCUGCCAGGGGUAUCUUCCUGGCGGGAAUGGCUCUUCAUCUGCGCAGCAUCUCAUCCCAUGCGCUGGCGUUGACGUUACAUCGAACACGGAGAUACAGGAACAUUGGCGUCUGGAACAGCUGCCAGAUUCAAGCGGUAUCGGUAACAGCUGAUAUCGGCAACUUGUAUCAACAACUGGUAUCCACAGCUGAUGGCGGCAACUGGUAUCAACAACUGGUAACCACAGCUGAUAUCGGCAACUGGUAUCAACAACUGGUAACCACAACUGAUAUCGGCAACUGGUAUCAACAACUGGAGGUACAGACACCGAAGUCCACACCUAAAAUUUACAAGACACGGAAGUCCACACCUAGGAGGUACAAGACGCUGAAGUCCACACCUAGGAGGUACAAUACGCUUAAGUCCACACCUAGGAGGUACAAGACACCGAAGUCCACACCAAGGAGCUACAAGACGCUUAAGUCCACACCUAGGAGGAGGUACAAGACGCUGAAGUCCACACCUAGGAGCUACAAGACGCCGAAGUCCACACCUACAAUUUACAAGACGCCGAAGUCCACACCUAGGAGGUACAAGACACCGAAGUCCACACCUACAAUUUACAAGACGCUGAAGUCCACACCUAGGAGGUACAAGACGCUGAUGUCCACACCUACAAUUUACAAGACGCUUAAGUCCACACCUAGGAGGUACAAGACGCUUAAGCCCACACCAAGGAGCUACAAGACGCUUAAGUCCACACCUAGGAGGUACAAGACACCAACGUCCACACCAAGGAGCUACAAGACGCUUAAGUCCACACCUAGGAGGACGUACAAGACGCCGAAGUCCACACCUAGGAGGUACAAGACGCUGAAGUCCACACCUACAAUUUACAAGACGCUGAAGUCCACACCUCGGAGGUACAAGACGCUUAAGCCCACACCUAGGAGGUACAAGACGCUUAAGUCCACACCUAGGAGGCACAAGACACCGAAGUCCACACCUAGGAGGUACAAGACGCUUAAGUCCACACCUAGGAGGUACAAGACACCGAAGUCCACACCAAGGAGCUACAAGACGCUUAAGUCCACACCUAGGAGGAGGUGCAAGACGCUGAAGUCCACACCUAGGAGGUGCAAGACGCUGAAGUCCACACCUAGGAGGUACAAGACACCGAAGUCCACACCUACAAUUUACAAGACGCUGAAGUCCACACCUAGGAGGUACAAGACGCUGAAGUCCACACCUAGGAGGUGCAAGACGCUGAAGUCCACACCUAGGAGGAGGCACAAGACACCGAAGUCCACACCUAGGAGCUACAAGACGCUUAAGUCCACACCUAGGAGGUACAAGACACCAACGUCCACACCAAGGAGCUACAAGACGCUGAAGUCCACACCUAGGAGGUACAAGACACCGAAGUCCACACCUAGGAGGUACAAGACGCUGAAGUCCACACCUAGGAGGUACAAGACACCGAAGUCCACACCUACAAUUUACAAGACGCUGAAGUCCACACCUAGGAGGUGCAAGACGCUGAAGUCCACACCUAGGAGGUGCAAGACGCUGAAGUCCACACCUAGGAGGUGCAAGACGCUGAAGUCCACACCUAGGAGGUACAAGACACCGAAGUCCACACCUACAAUUUACAAGACACUGAAGUCCACACCUAGGAGGUACAAGACGCUGAAGUCCACACCUAGGACGUACAAGACGCCGAAGUCCACACCUCGGAGGUACAAGACACCGAAGUCCACACCUACAAUUUACAAGACGCUGAAGUCCACACCUCGGAGGUACAAGACGCUAAAGUCCACACCUAGAAAGUAG